AUGGCAAAGGUCAAGCGAGGAGCCGCCGCUGCGAAGGUUACGUCAAUAUUCGUAUGCCCGAUCAAAUCAUGCCGUGGAAUUGCUGUUUCUCAAGCACCUAUCUCUUCAACUGUGAUAAGGGCUCCUGGCAUGGGUACGCUGAAGAUUCCGUUAGUUAUACCAUCUGAAACAGCAGAUGGUGUCUCAGUGUGGGAGUGGUGUGGCUCUGCAUUGGAUGAAGGAGCUGAUGCUUCAAACUGGCUUUCCAAAUAUCUUGGGAAGCCCAGCAGGCUUGUGCGUUUUAAUGAAGCAUCAGAAAUUAGGGCUGUGGACCCUGAUUAUGCCCGUGGAUACAAAAUUAUGUUUCCUGAUGAGUAUCCGUUCCUCAUGCUAUCUCAGGUUAGUCAAUUUGAUAGCUGA